GAGAAGAUUGAGGAGAUGAAGAUUGAGGAGAUGAAGAUUGAGGAGAUGAACAGAGAGAUCUCAUCUCUUUGACAAAAUGAGAGCCAUGGCAGAAAAUAUAAGAACUGAUGAUGUCACAUCCCUGCAUAAUAGCACAGCGGAAAGUUCUGAACCCGCACCCACAGCAGCACCAACACCCCAGUGCACACAGCAGGAUCUAGAGACGGUUCAGAUCAAUGUGGCAAAACACCUGGACAACCUGGAGGGCACACUCGUGAAGAAAAUGAUCCAAAAGAUUGCUCCUGUGGCUCUGGAUCCCAACACUGCACACCCAGAUCUCAUCCUGUCUGAAAAUCUGACCAGGAUGACAUAUGUUAAAAAUAACCCAAAGAGAUUUGAUAAGUACGGCAGCGCCCUGGGCUCUGUGGGCUUUAACUCAGGGACUCACAGCUAGGAUGUGGAGGUUGGAGAGAACUCAAUGUGGAAUGUGGGUGUGAUGACAGAGGGUGUCUUGAGGAAGGGAGACUACAGCUUCAGGAGUGGACGGUGGUGUGUGUUGUAUGAUGGUGCUGUAUACGGAGCAUGUGCUCCUCAUGCCCCCACUCUCCUCACAAUGAAGCAGAAACUCCAGAGGAUCAGAGUGCAGCUGGACUGGGACAGAGGAAAGGUGUUAUUCUCUGACCCUGAUAAUAACACACACCUAUACACUUUCACACACACUUUUACUGAGAGAGUGUUUCCAUACUUCAAUACUGACCGCACUCUAAGGAUCCUACCAGUGAGUCCUCAGUAACAGCAGAGCGGCACAGUUCUGCUUUGGGCACCCAAAUUGCCAGCAGCGGCACUGAUUACAGAUACAGAUAAUGCUGACACUGUGCACCCCUAGUACAGACACACACACACACACACACACACACAGAUAUAGAUACAGAUAAUGGUGACACUGCACCCCUAGUACACACACACACACAGAUACAGUUACAGAUAAUGGUGACACUGGGCACCCCUACAGACACACACACACACACACAGAGAAAAGAAACAGUUACAGAUAAUGGUA